AUGCGAUGCACAUGGAGGGAGGACGACACCUGGACCGCAUACUAUGUCAACAUAUUUGCGGACCGUGAUAUGUUCGUUCGGUUUACUGGUUCUGGCAUCGGACAUGGACCUUGGCAAGUGGACGGUCCAAGCGAUGACGAACCUGGCGAGGAAGGCGCGGAUGAUGAUGGUGAGAGUGAGGAGGAUGAGAGUGAGAGUGAGGGGGAGAACGAGGAGGAGAACGAGGAGGAGAACGAGGAGGAGAACGAGGAGGAGAACGAGGGGGAGAGCGAGGAGGAGAGCGAGGAGAACGAGGAGGAGAACGAGGAGAGCGAGGAGGAGAGCGAGGAGGAGAGCGAGGAGGAGAGCGAGGAGGAGAGCGAGGAGGAGAGCGAGGAGGAGAGCGAGGAGGACGAUCACACGGAGGACUCAAGUCUCAGUGACGCUAAUGCCGACGAGGAUGGUAAUCUCUGA